AUGCCUACUGGAGCGGUGGCCACAUUGCCUCGCUUCCUGCCCUCCCAAGAACAGGCGCUGUGGUACCAUCCCGUGGUGCGUACCCGGAAGCUGGGCGAGCACCACCAGCUGUGCCUCUCCACGAUCACCUCCGACGGAAUACGGACCAUGGAGGACGUCAUGGCCGCUAUGCAGAAGAACAGGAACACCACCGGAGUCGUCGAGCUGGAGAAGUGA